AUGGCGACAUCAACUGAAAAGAUUGUUCCUCAGUGGGAGCGCCCAACGUUUUCGGCGGGUAAAGUGCCUUUGGUAACGCCAGCGCAAAGCGGAGGCCAAGAUAUUGAGGGUGACUUUCCAUUGGAUCAGAUAGUAGUUGACCACUUCCCCCCAGGCACCCAAGUCUACUCAUGUGAUCGCUAUGGAGCUUCGGCCUGGUCGUUUACUGCCAGAAUUGUAACCACACUCUCAAAUGGGGAGCCAAAGCUCUAUUUUCUCAAGUGUGCUGAGGGGGAUCAAGGGAAGGUCAUGUUGGAGGGAGAGUUCAAUUCUAUGGUUGAACUAUACAGAACGAGCCCCAACUUUGUCCCAGAGCCUUACGCAUGGGGCAAACUUAGUGUCUCCCGCCCUGCCACGUAUUACCUCUUGAGCGACUUCAUCGAGAUGGGCAGCAAGAAUCCAGAUCCCGUCCAGCUCGCCACCAAGCUUGUGCAGUUGCAUCAGGCAAGCACAUCUCCCACUGGCAUGUUUGGUUUUCACAUCAAUACGUGCCAAGGCGAUCUUCCUCAGCAGACGGCGUGGAACCCAAGCUGGGUUGACUUUUAUAUCCAGCUGGUCAGGGGAGCGAUGGCACUCAACACAGAAAAGAAUGGCAACUGGAAGAACUUGGAGCCACUUGUCGAUCGGCUCAUUACACAUGUAGUCCCUCAAGUACUGGGACCUUUGGAAGCCGAUGGCCGGGUCGUAAAGCCAACUUUGAUCCACGGCAACCUAUGGGAUGGAAAUAUUGGAACCAGCCUUGAAAACGGGGAGGUUUACAUCUUCGAUGCGAGUGUCUACUAUGCACAUAACGAGAUGGAAAUCGCUAUGUGGCGUGCGAGGUUCUGCAAGAUCAUGAGCGCGAAAGUGUACCUCAAUUCCUAUCUCAACCGAAUGGGCAUCAGUAAGCCUGUCGAGCAAUUUGAGGACCGCAACCGGAUCUACAGUUUCUAUCUGACGCUACAUGAAUCAGCUUGCCAUAAUGGCUCGAGCUUCCGGGAAGAGUGCUAUGAGAAUCUCAACUACCUGGUCAACAAAUACGCUCCACUUAACGAAGAAAGUAGUUAG